GUUUUUGUUUAUUUUUAAACGUAAAUAUGAAAAACAUGUGGGGGAAAAGUUUGGAGAAUUUUGAAAAGUACGAAUUUGCAAAUGCUAGCAAAUUUUUCAGCACUAAAGGAUGGACUAAAAGGCAAGUAACUAGAGGAUAUAAGUUUUUUACCGAACGUUAUAUCCACAAAGUGUUCACGGCCGGCAAGAAUGUAAAAGCGUGCUGCUAUCGAAGUCAAAAGAAAAAUUUGAAACCUCACAGCCUUUCUAUGUCUUUCCAAGAAGUCGACGAGUUGUUAGAGUUAAUAGAAGCUCAUUGCAGUUGUGAAGCUGGCAACUCGGAAUCAUGCAAUCACGUGGUUGGACUAGCCCAUUACUUGGACGAUUUAAUUCGCAGAGGUUGUACUGUAAUACCCGAUGAUGAAGAGAUGUCCUGUACAUCACUUCCCAUGCAGUGGAACAAACCCAGAGGUGCAAAAAUUUUACCGGAAAAAGUGUGCACCUCUGUUUUUGCAAGUCCCAUUAAUACGGAAAGGAAAAAAGAGCCUGUCAAUCGACCUUUAGGCAUGUCAGCCCCUCGAGGUUCAGUCCUGGAACUCAUGGAUCAAGGGUUUUCCAAGACAUCAGAGGUGCAGCCUUCUUCAAACGAGCGCAACUUACCUAUUUCCUUACCCAAUUUGCGUUCCGAUGCUGUAAAUAUUUUGCUAAGCUUACCACCUGUGUAUCACAGUAGUUUGGAGGAAAUAACUUUUGAACAUUCCGUUGCCAUCGAAAAAGCUACAAGAAAUCAGUCAAAGUGUAAAAUGUGGAAGGAUUUGCGCCGAUUGCGGUUUACAGCGUCAAAUUUUGGUGCAAUAUGUAAGCGGCGUUUGUUUAACAACCACUUCUUGGAAGGAUACAUUCAAGGACCCAAGGAUAUCUCGAACAUUGGAAGUGUGCGGCAUGGCCUCGAAAAUGAGAAUACUGCCAUACGUUUGUAUUUGUUGCAAAACACAAAUGUAAAAUAUUUCAAAUGUGGUCUUGUUGUGCACCCGUAUGCUAGUCACUUAGGAGCUAGUCCAGAUGGUAUAUAUACUUUACAAAGAAGGCAAUUGGGGAAUAUUAGAAGUGAAAUGCCCCUGCACCCGAAAAGCAGAAAGACUGUCCGACUAUUUGAAGAUGCCAACGUUUUGCUUAAAGGAAAAUGA